AACGGUUUCUUUUGUGUGACGUAAGCAAGAGGUCAGGGGGCAAACUCGGUUCUGCGGAUAUAUUUUUAACGCUUACUCGCGUUUUAAAGGAUAAAAAUGACGUCCUUACGGGCUUUUAAUUGCGACGACCUUUUCAAAUUCAACAACAUAAAUCUGGACCCUUUAACCGAGACUUAUGGAAUCCCGUUUUAUUUGCAGUAUCUGGCACACUGGCCAGAGUAUUUCAUCGUAGCUGAGGCACCGGGUGGCGAGCUGAUGGGCUACAUCAUGGGGAAGGCAGAAGGCUCUGUGGCGCGGGAGGAGUGGCACGGCCACGUCACGGCUCUUUCAGUGGCUCCUGAGUUCAGACGGCUGGGUUUGGCUGCCAAGCUCAUGGACAUGUUGGAGGAGAUCUCAGAAAGGAAAGGAGGCUUCUUCGUCGACCUCUUUGUCCGUGUCUCCAAUCAAGUAGCAGUGAACAUGUACAAACAGCUGGGCUACAGCGUCUACAGAACCGUGAUCGAAUACUAUUCAGCCAGUAAUGGAGAACCGGACGAAGACGCCUACGAUAUGAGGAAAGCGUUAUCAAGAGACACAGAGAAGAAGUCCAUAAUUCCACUCCCACACCCUGUUCGACCAGAAGACAUAGAAUAACACUGAACAGUGGCUCUCUGACCGACUCGCCCACUUACCCCAUAUUGGGAAAAAAUAAAGAUCUGUCUAGUUUAGUUUACUACUUGUAUCGCAAAUGAAUCAUCAGAGGGUCACUGCUUUAGGAAAUGUUAUUUAUAAUAAAAAAUUAAAAAAAGAUUGUUCUGCUAUUUCUGCACCAUUUUCUCAUAAAGUAAAUAAAACAAUUUAUCCUCA